AUGAACAGAAUUGUUGUCUUUCUCUUGGUAGUUACUACUUCCAAAGUAUGCUUAUCUCAAGAAAGUGAAUCUGACAUAACAAAGGCAUUAAAAGAAUAUAAGGUUAUACCCGAUGUGAUUAACGAAGAUGUACCAGAGACAUUACAGGUAGUUUUUAAUAGCGGAGCAAUUGUUGACAAAGGAAACAUAAUCUUACCCUCUCAAGCCAAAGAUCAACCCUUUGUAGAUUGGAAUGCUGAUGAAAAUGCCUUCUAUACAAUUAUGUGUGUUGAUCCUGAUGCACCUUAUCCUGAAGAUCCAUUUUUAGGCCAACUAAAUACAUGGACAAUUGGAAAUAUUCCUGGCAAAAAUAUUCUUGCAGGAGAUGUUCUUUUCGAAUAUAUAGGAUCUGCACCACCAAAAGGUGCAGAUUUAAAUCGAUACAUAUUCCUGCUUUAUAAACAAUUGGGAAGGAUUGAAUUUGAUGAAACAUAUGUUAGUGACACUUCGAUUGAAGGACGAGCUCAAUUUUCAGCAAAUUCGUUUGCUGAGAAAUAUAAUUUAAGUCUUGUAGCAGCAAAUUUUUAUCGUUCCGAGUAUGAUGAAUAUGUUGAUGAUCUUUAUAGAAAAUUAAACUGUUGUUUUGAAUAUAAUAAAGAAUAA